AUGGUGACAAUUAACAAUAAUACUAGAUAUGCUGUAUUUCGUGCUUAUAAACAACUUUUGAAAGUCCAAAGAGAAACAUUUAAGGAGGAUACUUUUACUAUAAAAGAGGCAAAACGUAAGACACGUGAAGAAUUUUUUAAAAACAGAGAUGAAAUCGACACAAAUAAAAUACAAGAGUGUAUAAAUCAAGCUAAUGAUGUGGCAUCAUUAUUGCAAAAGAAUGUCGCUCAGGCUGAGAUUGAAAAUCCCUCCGAACAUAUAUUUAAAAUAAAAUUACACGAGAGACAUGAAUUGGGAGAUAAUGAUUCAAUAAAAAAUCCUCCAUCAAUUAAAACCUUGAAAAGGCAAUCGGUGGGAAAAUGUGGUUAA